CUCUCUCACAUGUCAACUUUUCUUUCUCUCUUUCUCAUCGGUUUUCUAAUCUCUCUCUUCCUAUAUAAAUCCCAUCUUCUCUAUCGUCUUCUGUAAUCCAUCUCUCUCUCUCUCUCUCUCUCUAGAAACGAUUAAUCCUCACUGAGAUUAAUUCUUUGUCAUUAAUGGGAAGGGACGUUGAGGGAAGAUCAGAGCUUGACAACUCGGCCAUGGCGGGUGAAGAAGAUCAGAUGGAGCUGAGGAGAGGACCGUGGACCGACGAAGAGGACUUCUUGCUCAUCAACCACAUCACCAAACAUGGCGAAGGCCGCUGGAAUUCUCUCGCUCGUUGCGCAGGUCUGAAACGAACCGGAAAGAGCUGCAGAUUGAGGUGGCUGAACUAUCUACGCCCUGAUGUUCGCCGGGGAAACAUCACUCUUGAAGAACAGCUCCUGAUUCUCGAACUUCAUUCUCGAUGGGGCAAUCGGUGGUCGAAAAUUGCUCAACACUUGCCCGGAAGAACCGACAACGAGAUCAAAAACUACUGGCGAACUAGAGUUCAGAAGCAAGCCAAGCAGCUCAAAUGUGACGUGAACAGCAAGCAAUUCAAGGACACCAUGCGCUACAUCUGGAUGCCCCGCCUCGUCGAGAGAAUCCAGGCCGCCGCGGCCGCCAACGGCGGCACCUCUGCCACCACCAACACUGCUUGCCCCAAAACCAGCGGCUUCACUACCAGUCAAAUCAUCCCCCCACCGCCCGGCACCGGCAGUAAUUUCCCUGUCAACCAAACUACUUUCACUCCGGACAAUUCCAGCACGGCGGCGUCGUCUGACUCUUUCGGGGCCCAGGUCUCGCCGGUUUCUGAUCUGGCAGAUUAUUACAACCCCGUUGCGAACAACAACCCGAACCCGGAUUACUACCACGUGAAUCAAGUCUCAUACCCGGAUAAUUUAACCAGCCCAGCUUGCUAUUUCAACCAAUGGUUAGAUGUUCCAGCCAUGGAUGCGGGCGACCAGAACCAGUGGUUCAACACCAGCGAGAUUCCGGAUAGUUUUUGGAACGUCGAUGACAUCCAGUUCUUACAGCAGCAGCUGAACAGUCUGUGAAAGUGGAAAUCGAAAAUAACGAAAUUGCAGAAGAGAUUUAAAAAAAAAAAAAUAGCAAAUUAUCAAGGCAGGUAGAAUUUGUGAAGAAGGUUAAUUAGGUUUCGUUGUGGGAUAUUAAUUAACUUAUUAAUUUGUGAUAUCUGGGAGGGGGCAAACUUGUAAUUUUAAAGGCUUUGUUUCAUUCUUUGAUAUGGACUUCUUCUGUACUGCUGUUUUCCA